AACUUUAUUGUCUAUCAAUGCAUAUGUACACUGUUAUAUCAAUUAAAUUGAUGUUUAAACUUCAGCCUACCACUGAACAUUUUAAACGUUUAAUUUUGUUAUUUUAAUUAUUUGGUACAAUUUUGCAUUCAAACUUUUAACCACAGAAAUGUAAAUGUCAAUCAAUGUAUUAUUGGUAAAAAGUAACAGUUUCGAGUUGCCAGUUGGUGAAUGUUUUUUAUAAACACAUUUUUUGCUCACAUAAGCCUUUAGUAACCAAGGUUAACUGUGUCUGACUUCGUAAAUAAUCAGUUUAGCUCUCUUAUACUGCUCUAGAGUAGAGGUCAGUUUUUGCAUCCAAUCUUGAUAAAGCAUGGUCACAAAUUACACAAUGUUUAGCUGGACAAAUUCUUUUGCUUAUCUUAUUUAAUCAUAUUCACGUAGUCAACAACAUCACAUUUAGAAUACAUAUAUAUGUUAACAAUAUGAUGGAGACCACUUACAAAUCUUCAAUAAGCUUUUAUUAAGCUUGAUAAUGUUAUUUUUUCAAUGAUGGAUGAUUAUGAACAUGAGGAACCCUACUGCUGUUUUUGUCGGGCCAUAGUUAUGGAGCCGUACAUAAUCUGCAAAGGGUGCAUGGUGACAGCAGAACAAGGACCGGUCACACUGUGUCUGCAUUGCUUUGCUAAAGGCAUCGAGUUUGACAAUCAUCACAGCGAUCAUCCUUAUUCAAUUGUGAAAAACAAUUUCCCUGUAUUCGAGCACAACUGGACAGCAUUAGAAGAGCUGCAGCUGAUCAAGGCAGUGGCAGACUGCGGCUAUGGCAACUGGGGGGACAUUGCCCACAAGUUGCGGACUAAGAGUCACCAGGAGUGUGAGAGGCAUUACAACCUGUGCUACAUUGACAGCCCUAGACCUGACAUGCCUGUGUUUGCUGACAAAAGUAUAGAAGUAUUUCCUAGACCUGUGGUUUACAAGUUGUGUGAAGAUCCACCUCGCCCAGCGGAAGGGUCGAUGUUGGCGACUGAGAUGGCAGGCUACAUGGCGGGGCGUGGUGACUUCAUGACUGAGCACGAAAACUUUAUGGAGCUUGACCUUCGUGCACUGGAGUUUGAUGCAGACGGCGAUGAAGAUAAACUGGAAACUGAAUUGAAGCUUGCAGUAGUGGAUGUCUACUUGCGGUGUCUUAAGGAACGAAGAAGGCGAAAAAGACUAGCCAGGAAGUAUGGCCUAAUUAAUCAGCGGAACUCCAGAAUGCGAGGAAAGUAUGAUCCGGUCAUACAUCAGAAAAUUGACAAUCUGCGUGUGUUCUCCCAGCUUGUUUCACCAAUGGACUUUGACUUGUACUCAGAAGCUAUUCGAUAUGAGUUUGAGCUCAAGCGUGAGAUCAGCAGUCUUCAGAAAUAUCGCAGGAAUCGCCUCACUCGGCUGCGACACAUCAACGUGUUCAAGAUGCUGAGCAAGUCCCGGGCACAGCAUUACCAGGAGCGCCACCUGCUCAAUGACGUCCUUAACCAUGUCAAGGAUGAGAAUGCCUGCCAGACGUGGUUACAGAGGCAGGCCACAUUGGAGUCCUUGGGUAAGGCCACGUCGGGACAUCUGCCCAACCUCGCACGUAAAUCUGCCCCGCCCUUGGAAAUCUCCGAGCUGCCCGGCUAUGAUCAGCUCACAUACAGGGAAAAGGAGCUGUGUUCCCACCUGCGCCUGGUGCCUGCAGCCUUCCUAGAGUUCAAGUCCAUCCUUGUAUCGGAGGCAAACAAAACUGGGACCCUUAGGCUUGCUCAAGCACGUCAGCUCAUCAAAAUUGAUGUUAAUAAGACACGGAAAAUAUUUGACUUUCUUGUGGUUGAGGAGUACAUAAAAAAGGAGUAGAUGAUGAAGUAUUCAUUGAUUGUAAACAUUUUGAUUUUCAUUACGUUUUUGUCACAUAGUUUACUGAAUUAAAUCUUUUGAAAACUUUUAAA